UCUUCCUUUUCCCCCUUCAAGGUAUUCAACACUGAGCAGGGACGCUGUCAGCAGUGAAAAGUUGAGCUGAAAUGGGGAAGAAAAUGCAGGUUUUGGGUGUCGUAGCGGUAAUAUUAGCUGUUUACUGCGUACAUGCAAAGAUUUACUUUCGGGAGGAGUUUCUGGACGGUGAUGAAUGGAGAAGUCGCUGGGUGAACUCCAAACACAAAUCUGACUAUGGAGAGUGGAAACUGACUGCUGGCAACUUCUAUGGAGAUGCUGAGAAAGACAAAGGUCUACAAACAAGCCAGGAUGCUCGUUUCUAUGCUGCCUCCGCCCGUUUUGAGCCUUUCAGCAAUGAGGGCAAGCCUUUAGUCAUUCAGUUUACAGUCAAGCAUGAGCAAAAGAUUGACUGUGGCGGUGGCUAUGUGAAGGUCUUCCCUGCUGACUUGGAACAGACUGGCAUGCAUGGAGAAUCCUCAUACUACAUCAUGUUUGGCCCUGACAUCUGCGGCUACAGCACCAAGAAAGUCCACGUCAUCUUCAAUUACAAGGGCAAGAAUCACCUCAUCAAGAAAGAGAUUAAGUGCAAGGAUGAUGAGUUGACCCACAUGUACACGCUGAUCCUGAAUCCAGAUCAGACCUAUGAGGUGAAGAUUGAUAACGAGAAGGUAGAAUCCGGCAGUCUAGAGGAUGAUUGGGACUUCCUGCCUCCUAAGAAAAUUAAAGACCCAGAAGCCAAAAAGCCAGAGGACUGGGAUGAUCGUGCCAAGAUUGAUGAUGCUGAAGACACCAAGCCUGAGGACUGGGACAAACCUGAAAACAUUCCAGAUCCUGACGCUAAAAAGCCUGACGACUGGGAUGAGGAUAUGGACGGAGAGUGGGAGCCUCCCAUGAUCCCUAACCCAGAGUACAAGGGAGAAUGGAAACCGAAACAGAUCGACAAUCCCAACUACAAAGGAAGCUGGGUGCACCCUGAGAUUGACAAUCCUGAAUACAGUCCUGAUUCAAACAUCUACAAGUUUGACAAUAUUGGUGUUGUAGGUCUUGAUCUUUGGCAGGUGAAAUCUGGCACCAUCUUUGACAACUUCCUCAUCACAGACGACGUGAAGGAAGCUGAAGACUUCACAAAGGAGACGUGGGGUGUGACAAAGGAACCAGAGAGGAAAAUGAAGCAAGAGCAAGAUGACCUGAAACGAAAAGAAGAGGAGGAGAAGAACAAAGAACAAGACACCGAAGUAGAUGAAGACGGUGAUGAGGAUGAGGACGAUGAAGAAAUUGAUGACGAAGAAAAGGACGACAUGGAGGAGGCACUUUCAGAAAUGGAUGAAGAGGAAGCAAAGCUUAAAGAUGAGCUUUGAGGAGGUGUGGCCACAGAUUUUGUCUGUCCCUCCUUUAGAAACUCUGUCCUCUAUUUUCCAGGGGUAUUGUGGCUGCUGUGCAUCCUUUCCCUGAGAUUUGGACACAACCCAAUUUUGGGGGGCUAAUGUAAUGAAGUGGGGCGAGUGGAUGUUAAUGGACUUAGUUUCUCUUCGAUUUUGAUCAUGAUAUUACCCUGUUUCCCCUGAACUACUGGAUUUAUUUUAAGGUCCGUCACCUCAAAAGUCUAUUCUUCAUUUUGUAAUAACAGAGAAAAAGGUGGCACUGACACCCACUGUUGUCUUGAUUUUUUUUUUGACAUCCACGUCAACUUUAUAUGCAGAUUCCCUUUGCACAGGUUGCACAGUUAACUGGAAACUGAUAAAAAAAAAAAGACAAAUUAACAUUCGCAGAUAAUACGAAUUCAGAAUUUAACAUCAUUUUGGAAAAUUUAUCUUGCAACCUAGUGAAACAAAAAAAGAUGCACAUUUAUAAAUAAAAAAAAUCACAGAAUACAGACAGAAAUCAAGAUGGUGACGUAACUUAUUUUGGUUGUCUGUGGCACUGACUUUUUAUUUCCCUCUCCACGCGUUUUAAAGCAUAAUUGAAUGAAGUGUUUCGACUUAAAUUAAUCAAAUAGGUGCAACAAUGCAAUUGUGUUCUACAUUGAAAUAGCACGAAAGUCUGGAGGAGCAGAUGGCGAGCCCCUGAUGUGACUCAUGACAUCACAAAAGGUCACAUUUAUUUGUAUUGGGCAGAAUGUUAUUGAUACCAAAGUUUUUAUUAAAAGAUUAUAACCUU